AUGGGGAAAUCUUCGAAAGACAAGCGGGACGCCUACUACCGUCUGGCAAAAGAGCAAGGCUGGCGCGCUCGCAGUGCGUUCAAGCUACUGCAACUGGACGAAGAGUUCAAUCUAUUUGAAGGCGUCACGCGUGUCGUCGAUCUCUGUGCUGCACCCGGAAGUUGGAGUCAGGUUCUGUCUCGCAUUUUGAUCAAAGGCGAGAGCAUCGGGCGUGCGGCAUGGGACAGUAGGCAAGCGAAGGACCGACUCAUCAUCGAUGGACCAUCAAUAGAAGACCCGCAGCAGCCUGAUGGGGAGCCCAUCAAAGAAGAAUUGAAGCCAAGAGCAGGUGUCAAGAUUGUGGCUAUAGAUUUGCAGCCGAUGAGCCCAUUAGAGGGUAUCACAACGCUGAAAGCAGAUAUCACACAUCCUUCGACCGUCCCGCUGCUGCUCAAAGCUCUGGAUCCAGACACCUUCGAUCCAUCGAUGACCUCAGCAUCUCAUCCAGUGGAUCUGGUUAUCUCCGACGGAGCUCCAGAUGUUACCGGCCUACACGACCUAGAUAUCUACGUGCAGAGCCAGCUGCUCUGGGCAGCACUAAACCUCGCACUCUGCGUACUAAAGCCCGGCGGCAAGUUCGUCGCCAAGAUCUUCCGAGGGAAAGACGUCGACCUGCUAUACGCCCAGCUGCGACUGGUGUUCGAGAAGGUCCGGGUUGCAAAACCACGCAGCAGCCGCGCUAGCAGCAUCGAGGCCUUCGUUGUAUGCGAGGGCUUCUCCCCGCCCAAUGGAUUCAGAGCUAGCCUGGACAAUCCACUCGGUGCAGGCACGAAGUUGCCUCCAAACCCGGAACUAAAGGUGGAGAAGACCAAGCCUUCCCGCCGCUUGCGGGAAGAUGGGAUCACAGAGCUCGAGCUUGGAUCGGAGUCAGAAGGAGAUGAGGAAAAUGUCCGCUGGAUCGCGCCAUUUUUGGCGUGUGGAGAUCUCUCUGCCUACGAUGCUGAUGCAUCGUAUCACCUUCCGAAGGACCGGCAGAGCCUUGACCCAGUACAACCACCCACGGCGCCGCCGUAUAAGAGGGCGCUGGAGAUGCGGAAGGCUGCCGGUGGAGCAUACGGCAAGACCAGGAAGACUUGA